CACGUAUAAUUUGCCAUUAUCCACAAACAAAAAAGUGUAUACACCAGGGUUCUAAUAUAGAGUAGGAAUUCGGAGGAUGCCAACCUAAAUUGGUGUGAAGGACUAAAACCCAAUCAACCAUAAUUCAGCAGUUUCAUCCGGAUAAUCAGAUUUGUGUUGAAAUAUCAGUAGUGGUGGAGCCAAAACGGGGAGGAUCGCAGAGAGCUUUAUAGUUUGGAGAUGGGAGACGAAAGGGUGAAGAGUGAGGCGAUGCAGGUGCUGGGAAUGUUCCAAGGUUUGCCUCGUUUGGUCGUCUUUGAUCUUGAUUACACUCUCUGGCCCUUCUACUGUGAGUGUCGCUCCAAACGUGAAAUGCCUACUAUGUAUCCUCAAGCAAAAGGCAUUUUAAAUGCUCUGAAGGAGAAAAGAGUUGAUAUUGCUAUUGCUUCAAGAUCACCCACUCCAGACAUAGCCAACACUUUCCUGGAAAAGCUCCAAAUCAAGUCAAUGUUUGUUGCACAGGAAGUGUUCUCCAGUUGGUCCCACAAGACAGAACAUUUUCAAAAAAUCCACCAAAUAACAGGGGUGCCUUAUAAUGAAAUGCUGUUUUUUGAUGAUGAAGAUAGGAACAUAGAGGCUGUUUCUAAAAUGGGUGUAACAAGCAUAUUGGUGAACAAUGGUGUGAACAUUGUGGCUUUGAAGGAAGGACUUACAUGUUUCAAGCAGAAUUUUGCGUCAUUGGAAAAGAACAAAGAAAGAUGGGCUAAGUUCACUAAGAAGCCAAGUUCAUCACAAAUAGAUGAGCAACAAUGAAGUUUAGCUUGCACCACAGUGAUUUGCAGUAAUUUGGAGCUUAGUUUUGCUUUAGGAAAAUGGCUUCAUCCUUUAUACCGUUCAUUUUGUUAACCUAUAAAUUUUCGGGUGUGUAUUCAUACAUUUUUAAUCAUGUAACUGUCGACUAAAAUAAAUGUUAUUCAUUUGAAAUGAUUGACAAGAAUGACUUGGCAAUGUUAGUAAAUAAAACAUAAUAAUGGAAAGUAUAUAAAGAUGAGGAUAACAUGUCAUUUUUUA